CUCCCCAACGCCUCGGCCCCACCUCGGUGGGGCGGGGGGGGGGCGGUGCCGGUUGCCGGGGCGGCGGCGGGGCUCUGCCAGCCCGCGGGCAGGCACGGCGGCGGCUGGCGGCAAGGUACUGAAAGGUUCAGGCCGGAGAUUCUCCUUCACUCUCCAUAGCUGCCAAGCGGCACCGCCCUGAGGAGAAGCGGCGGUGGGAAGGCGGGGGCUGCCCCUUGGCUGCAGCUCGUUGCAAGGCCCGCCGGGCCUCCCCGUGCCAGCCGCCAUGGAGACCCUGUCCCAGGACUCUCUGCUGGAGUGUCAGAUUUGCUUCAACUACUACAGCCCCCGCCGGCGGCCCAAGCUGCUGGACUGCAAGCACACCUGCUGCUCGGUGUGCCUGCAGCAGAUGAGGACCAGCCAGAAGGACCUGCGUUGCCCCUGGUGCCGCGGGAUCACCAAGCUGCCGCCGGGGUACUCUGUGUCGCAGCUGCCCGAUGACCCUGAGGUGAUCGCCGUCAUUGCGAUCCCCCACACGUCAGAGCACACCCCUGUCUUCAUCAAACUCCCCAGCAAUGGGUGCUACAUGCUGCCCUUGCCCCUCUCCAAGGAGAGGGCACUACUGCCGGGAGACAUUGGCUGCCGCCUCCUGCCCGGUGGCCAGCAGAAGUCCCUGGCGGUGGUGACGAUCCCAGCAGAGCAGCAGCCGCUGCAGAGCGGCCUUCCCGCUGAGGGGGGAGCAGAGGAGCCGGACAGGAGGGGCGUUGUGAAAAGCUCCACCUGGUCGGGGGUUUGCACUGUGAUCCUGGUGGCCUGCGUCCUGGUCUUUCUUCUGGGCAUCGUUCUCCACAACAUGUCAUGCAUUUCCAAGCGCUUCACAGUGAUCUCCUGUGGCUGAGGCCAGGGGGGGGGGUGGGGGGGGGUGUGCUCCCCGAGGCGUUGGGUUGGGUCGGUGGUGGUGGUGGUGGUGGUGGUGUUGAGCAAGACAAUUCACCUCGGCUUUGCCCAGUGACUGCAGAACGCUGUGCACCGGGGCAGGGGUGCAUCGGCCUGGCCGCAGCCCCCGAUGGUGCAGCCUCAGGCCUCUCGGCAGCGUGCGGGGAAAAUCACGUCCCGUGUCUGGCAGCAAUGGCACUGAGGAGGACUGCAUGCAUCACCAUAAUCAUUUAUCAAAGGGACUGCAACUUACAGUGAUUUUUUUUUUAAUGUGUUACAAGAUUAAAGACAUCUGUGUAGCUGGUUAUACUGUAAAGUAUACAGUAUGAGCUUUUCUCUAAACACAGUAGAUUAAAAUCAAAACUGCUCCAUGUAGAAUUAAAGGAGAUUUGGCGUGUGACUCUCUACAAGGUGUUCAAUACCAGUCCAGACAUGCGUUAUUUUUUAAUGGGGGGAAGGGGGAGACUUGUAAAAACCAAGAAAUCAUUUAGCUGGUAAAGCAUUUUAUAUGUUUUAAACUGCACAUUAAUUAAACCAAGUUAGGGAGUUGUACAAUAAUUUUUAAAAGGAAAUGUUUUACGGGCAAUAGUUUAUUCCAUGGUGUGUGUUUUUUGCCUCUUUUUUUUCCCCAUUUUUUUCAACUACAGGGAAGUGGUGCUUCCAUCAUCUUUUAUUUGAAGGAGCUUCCAAGCAGGGAAGCAAAGUGGGCUAGGAGGAACACCUAAAAAUGCAGCCAAAACAUUUCUGCCUAGCUGGCUUCACGCAAAGGAUGGCUUUGAAUGGCAAACACUGGAUGUACUAUUUUACCUCCAAUCUGGCAGCAGGGCUUUCCAAAAACAUGGCCUUCAUAGCCACUAGUGAGGAAAUGGAGUCAUGAGAAGUCCUAGGACGACUCCUGCAAGGAUGUGAUAGCAAAUUGUUGUUGUUUUUCUUUUUCUAGAGGUUGGGUUUUCAUAAUUAUUUUAAAAGAAUUUAGACCUAUUUUGCCUCCCUCUUUCCUAGUAGAUGCAACUGUGCACCAAUGGAUGGUGUGACAGAGGAAUUGCUCUAAGGAAGCCCCACCAUCCCAACUGAGACCAAGGACCCUUAUAUGCAAUCAUCUAGUAAGAGGCAGUGACACAGCUGGGAGGAGGACCCAGGCCAGCCUAACCCUCUGCUGGGUGGGCUACCCCUCCUAAACCAGUGUGUCUGUCCUGGUGUCAAAAUGGGGGAGCCUUUUCCCACAUUCCAGUCCUAUAAAUGUUGGUGUGCGUAAGGACAGAUUUGAAAAAAAUACAAGGAGUGGUUUGUUUGUGUUGUGGUGUUUUUUUUUGUUUUUUUUUUUUUUUUUUGUUUUUUUUUUUGUUUUUUUUUUCCAAACACCUGUGAGUGUCAUGAGACCCUGGUGAUUUGCAGUUCACUUCUUGGAAAGAGCCAAAUUCCUGAACCUUCACUGUAGUAGUGCUUUGCUCUAAGCAGUGCCACUAACUUUACUAGUACUGCCUGUAAGUAAAAUAGACCUUAGUGUGAAUUUGGGUAUUUGGCAAGUCUGAAAGCUGAAAUUCAUGUGAGAUUUAGGGAUUAGAUCAAGGGGCACAUGACAGACUCUUAAUAAGACAGAAAAAUAUAUUGAUCUGCACUGCUGCUUUUUGCAAGUACAAAGUGUAACCUCCCUGAAGCGCGACCUCUUAUCAUAUAUCUCCUGCUCUUUCUAAUAAUUAAUUGGAGAUUGUUCAAUGCCACAUUAUAACACUGGAGAACAUAUAUUUGACUACACGGUGCCCAAGUUGGCCCUGUGGACAACGGUGGUUUUCUGGUUAUGUCACAAAAUCCAAUUGCUGGUUCACAAUAAACAUUCUCAGCUAGGACUUCUGUCAGGAAUACACCUCUAACUUCAUGCUGGAUUUCUUUCCCUCCCUGUUCCCAAACCACUAUUUUAUUCCUUGAUUCCUCUUAACUGAAGAAUAGCAUAGCAUAUACGGUGCUUAAUUGUUAUGGUGUGUGUUGGGUCAUGUAUGGAGAGAAACCAUUGUGCUGAUUUUUAUCUACUGUCAUAUGUAUGCAUAGCACAGCAAAAAAAAAUCCUCAGAUAACACGUUCAAUGCCUUUUUUGUGCAAGGAUCAUGUGCAGUAUGCCUUGAACCUGGCUUAUGAGUAUUGUAAUUACAUGGCCACCAUUGUUUGAUUUGGUUGCAGUAGGGAACAGCAGGUGUUCCAAAAUGUGUCUUGUUGAACGUGGUAGUCUCUUGUUGCCAGUAGGUAGCCAGAUUUCUAAUGACGUCCAUGUUAUGCUGCUUAUUGUGUAAAGGAAAGCCAGUUCACAGAGAAAAAUCUUGCCUUUAUAAGACUCUGGAGGAUAUGACCUGAUACAGGACCAGACCUUCUACUGCCUUAUCCCCUGUAGCAAUUGCUAAGUGUACCAGGAGCAGAUAGCAUAGCUGGAAGAUGCUCUGAGAACAGUGCUGAUGCGUUUUGCAUCAGCUUCUGCAUUUGUUUAUCCAAGUUGUCAAUGUCUGCACAAAAACAUGAGGCAGUCAAAGAGCAGGUCCUGGAGGUAAAUUGCUGGUAACGUUAACCUCCUUCCAGCUGAACCUGCCUGACUGAAGCUCUUGAGGCCAAGGUUUCUCUGGUGUUGCAAAGAACGGCUGUCUUGAAAAUCACUCUCUUUGUUGCUACAUGGAGGGUGCAGUAUGAAAGAGAAAUCAGAAAUUAGGUUAAAAUACCAUACUGCAUAACACAUGCGACGGGCAGCCCUGGAGUUUAUCUGGUAUUAGUGACAUAAGUACUAUAUUAGCAGAAUACCAUCCUGUAUUACGUAACACAGUACAUCGUUUUGUUAAUACGAAUUUCCUGUACUUUUUGUGCCUGCUGAAAUGCACGUUUGACCUAAUUUCUGAUCCAGACAUUUGCCUGCUCACAGCCUCAUGUAAGAGCAAUAAGUAAAACCUCAAGAUUUUUGCCUGCGUGUGCACGCACGGUGUGUACAUUCAUUCAAUUCUGUAAGUAGGAGUUCGGGAGAUGUUUUUGUUCUGGCUUUCGACUGUGACUAUCAUUUCUAAUUUGCAGCUGCCAUAUCAUGUUUAAUCACCUAGCUUUUUUGCUGACUUGUGUAGAAGUGCACUAAAUAGUUUGUUGUGAUAUACAGUGUUAAAAUGUUUCUCAAGUAUGUUGAUAGUCAUACUACUUUAAAAAUGCAGUGCAGUCUGUCACGUUCCUUGGUCCAAUACCUGGCAUUAAAAAGUGAUACGGCUAUAUACACCUCUAACUUUCUUUUUCUUUGUCUUUGUAAUUUUUCUGUGGAGAAACACAUUUGGACUUGUGUCAAAAUCAUCGGGUUCUGGGCUAGUUUUUGUUCUCUGGUGUCCACUCAGAAAUCACUGCCCAGUUCCACCAAAAAAAAAGAAAGAAACUUACUAUGACACAGUACUGUUUGAGCAACCAAAAUUUAUGCUAAAACUUGUGGAAAAUUAUUCAAGCACCUGCAUUUUUAGAGCAAAUUACUCUGUAUGAAUGUGUAUUUAUUUGCUUGUUUAAUGGGACGGAUGUGUGUGUUGGGGUCCAGCUUCACUUUUUUCCCUUGGGGAUCCCAACUUCCAUUUUUGGCUUGUGCUUUCCUGGCAAAUAGACUUUAGGGUUCACUCUGUGAAAUUUUGUUUAGUGAAUUUUAAAAAUUCAAAAUAUGCAAUUUUGGUAUGUGGGAUUUUUUUAGGAAAUUGUGUGUAAAGUGAUUGUUCAUGCUUAACCGAGAUGUAAAGGAGCCUGGAUGUUUUGUAAAAAUGGAGCAAUUGUGAGUCCAAAGUUUCAUCUUUAUUAAUGAAGUUCGGUCUGAAUAAAACAUUAGCAGGAAAAGAAUGGUAUCACGUGAAUUAUGGUACCUCUGUUACUUUGACAUCAAAUGAAGAGCGUGGAAGGGAAUUUGGCAGAAUUGCUCCAUAUUUUCUAAGGGGGUGGCUGAAAUUCAACUCUCAGUGUUUUAAGGCAAAGUGUUAAAUGUGGGUUGUGGUAAACAGUAGAAGGUUGUUCAUGUUUUAGUUACCUUGGAAUAGAGAAUUAUAGCUGAUGACUGCUGAGCCACGCAACAUUUUAAAUUUUUUUUGCUGUUUUAAUCAGAUGACUUAAAAUUUAAGUAAAUGUUUUGCUUAUGGAA